AGAUGAAAGAAGUGGUGUUUUAAUAAAAACAACAGUUAUUUUUGACACUUAUUUACAGUACAUUUGAAUGACUUGAUGUCAAUGAUGAUGACCACAGCAACGGUGACGACGGCGACGGCGAAGAGUCAUCACAAGGAGGCGGUCGCCAUCGGCAGCGGCGGCGGCGAUCAGCACUGGAAAAAAGUGUUGUAUUCACGGCAAGGAGUGGCCGACCAUUACGUACCGCCAAGUUUUCUACAGGACUUACGCAAGAAUGUAAAUCUCCAGAAAUACGAACUCAAAGACUGUAUCCUAUCGUCGACGGCGUUGACCCAAGAAAUCUGUUCCAUCAUUAUCUUCAUAGUUGUCUUUCUCUAUCUGGACUCUGGUCGGCCACAGUUGUCCAUCUAUACGGGCGUAACCAUUGUCGUCAUUACAUUGUUUCUCUAUUCAUCGCUAAUACUAUCGUCGCCCAGUAAUGACGUAUUGAACGAACUGAAGAGUGCGGCCAUAUUCCUGAUCAGCGGUCUGGCAGUAUCGCCGAUACUGAAAACGUUGACCGAAACGGUCAGUACGGACACCAUCUACGCCAUGGUAACCAUCAUGAUGCUGGUCCAUUUGACAUUCUACGAUUACGGCGCCAAAGCGGCCAUUGUCAGUACACCUGUAGCGCUGAAUGCGGCCAUUUUCGGAGGUGUUUGUCUGGCUUCGCGACUGUCCACUACGUACGACGCUUUUGCACUGUUGAUAUUUGCGUCGGACAUAUUUGUAUUGUCGUCGAUACUACGCCGACGGGUACAACUGGCCAGCGAUAAUUGGCGCAUAUAUUUGACAGUUGUUCAUCUGAUUAUUUCGGCAAUACUAUUGUAUACGGCCUGUCCGCUCAUCUAUUUGUAUCUAUUUAUUUUGCUAUUAGUUUGCAUCAACUUUAUCUGUCCACUCGGCUUCUACCGGUGCCAGAAAUACAAAGAAAAUAUCUACGGCCCGUGGGAUGAGGCCGUCAUCGACGAGACCAUCGAUGAUGAGACGAGUGCGGCGACUGAUCACCACAUGAAUGAUGAUAAAAGACAACAACAGCUAAGUCGACAACGACCACAACAACAACAACAACACCGCCAACUAUUUGGCCACCAAUCAGACGACUGA